AAGGCGCCUGGCGCAACAGCCUGCCAGGCGCCGGACAAUGGUUAAAAUUCCGCUUAAGCGGGAAAUCUCUACCUGAGCUGAGGCAUACCUGUUGCUCUGAGCAGAUUAUGGCUUCAAAAAGCAGGCCUUAGGUACCCGGCACCAGCUGGGCUAUAUGAGUGGGCCACAUUCGUGGAAAUUCCGCGGAAAACACCUCGACUGAAUGAAUAUAUUUAUUGGUAUAUCAAGAUCCCAGUGCGGCUCAGUUGAGGCUAGUUGCUACGCGGAAGAACAAGUCAGGAGAACAUGGCCAGCUACGGCUACAGGAGGCAUCCCCAGCAGCAGCAGCUACCCAUCAAUCAGCCGGAGGUGAGCUGCUUUCAUCGCGGCUCUUACAUAGAGCUCUCCAGUGGAUCUCUGCGUCGUGUGGAGGACAUACGCACCGAGGACUUUAUACAGUCGGCUUUGCGCAGCCAGAUCUUUGAUCUGCGCGAGGCCACAGUGGUGCGUAUCGAUCGUGGUGGUCAGGGAGUGACCAUUACCUUUAGCUAUGACACCCAGCAUGACAAGGUGCUCAUGGAGGUGCAGCCGGGGCAUCCCCUCUUUGUAUAUGGCCAGGGCUGGGCCUCCUGCAAUCCCCAGUUGUCGCUGCAGCUGUACGAGCUCAAGUGUCAGCAGCUGCAGGUGGGCGACAUUUGUCUGUCGUUGGUCCAAAGGGAGGAGUUAGCUCCGCCGCCUUUGCCGGUGCCGUUGCCAGUGCCACCAUGUCCAAGGGCUGAGCCUCCACGUCAGCCAGUGCAGUAUAAUCCGCCGGCGGGUGCUUUGCCGCCACCGUUUGAGCAUCCGUAUCAGGUCUAUGCCCAAAUGGCCAACUUUGUGGCUGCCUACACGCAGCACAUGAUGAAUAAGCUACAGGAUUAGCAGGAUCAACUGAAGGGAGGAUAAUAAUUAAUCAAAAUAAAAUAUAAAAAAAUAAGAAAUCAUAAUUAUAGUAAAAAAAAAACAUAAAUAAAGCGAAUCAUGAAUAUCUUCAUUGAUAUUCUUAGGAGUUUGUCUUUAAAAGUAGUUUAAGAACUUUGUAAAUUGCUUCCUUUUUUUAUUUAUUUUGUUUAAUAAAAAUUAAAAAUGGU